AUGCAUAAUCCAAUUCCUCCUCCUCCUCUUAAUCAUAGUGAAAAUGGAGAACCGCACGAUUCAACGAAACCUGCAGCCAGCAGCUCGCCAAUAUUUCGGGGAAUUGUUUUUGGGUGGAUUACCUUCUUUGCUAUGCUGGCAGUAAUAAUAAUCGGAGGAAAUUAUACUGAAAUAACCGAUUUACACUUUGUAUGGGAUUUGCGUGUUAAUCUGUUCUUAACAGCGGUUACAGUGAUAACAAGAGUUACUGUUACGAUCGCAGGCGUCAUGGUGCCAUCUAUUUUAGCAGGAAUAAUUGCAUUCGACCAAAAGCCAAUAUUACGUGGCACAGGCAAUUCACUUAGUAUAUUAUUAGAAGCAUCAAUAUCGCGUAAUUUGUUUAGCACCAUAAAAUCCUGCCUGAAACCUGGAAAUUUUCGAAAAGUUGCGUUCAUAAUUGCCUCAAUCUUGGUGUGGCAAUAUGCAACAUAUGCAGCAGAUUUAUUUCUGCAUGUUACUGCUAACGGAAGAACUCAAAGACUGCCUGGUCCAGUUAUCCAAAGUAAUAGAACACUUAGCAUUUCAGAUGAUUGCACUGAAGAUUUUACUUAUUCAGAUAGUUGCGGACUAUCUGAAACAGUUGCAACUCAAAGUAUACGUGAUUCAACAAGAGCAUUACGCGUAUACCAAAAUUCGAGCGACACUUUACAAAUAUGGCGUGCUGAUGGUGGUAUUUAUCUUUUACAAUCUGCACCUCCUGAAAAAGCUUACUCAUAUUCAGGAUCAGGUAUAUUUUUAAAACCAUCCUGUGAAGUUGUCAGCAAUAUUUGCAAGUUAACAGCAGUUAGUGGAGCUAGAACAAGUUAUGAUUGUCCUAAAUCAUUAUGGUCAGCUUCUGGUGACUUAUUUAAUACUGCAUAUGUUAAUGUUACAACAAAGUCUUAUAAUCCAGCAACUAAAAAUUACACAGCAUUGAAUCCUAUACACGCAAUAAUUUCCAUUGAAAUUAACGGGGAAAUGCAAAAACAUGACUCUGGAUUUGUACACGAAGUUCAUGCCUCUCUUUAUGCAAUCGUGUUACAUUGUCAAAUGUUAGCACACAGGAUUGAGUAUACUAUUACUUUAGGAUCAUUAGAAGCUAAAUUUUUGUCAAACUUUACAAAUCCGCAACUUUUGGUCAUUGGCUCUGCAUCAAACCGAUGGACUCAACGAGUAGCAUUUGAUACUGAAGAUGUAGCAUGGCAAGGAAACAGCCAAUUAUUCGCUGAUGCUCUAGCACAAAAAUGGGCGCAAGUAACUCUUGCUGCAUUCAGUGGUGCUGUAAAAGAAGGGGAAAAAGGAUAUCUUUAUUAUCCUGAAGUCAAUAAAGACCAAACUAUAGCUCCAUUUUCUUCAGUUAUAGUUUAUCUCCUAGUUAUCAAUUUCCCCUUUUUAAUAUUUGCUAGUUUAGGUCUUUUUUCUUUUUGUGAUGUUAAACGUGAUAGUUGGAUAAUUUCUGAAUUUUUUUGCAGACCACAAAGAUUAUUGUGUUAUUCUUUAAUUGAGAAACAUCACGUAGGUGACUUAUGUUCUACUACUUUGAAAGAACAAGAAAAUCAAUUCGCGAAAUUCGAGUGUCAAGUUGGUUUUAUUGAGGGGCAUUUUGGGUUAAAGAAAUCACAAAAUAUUUAA